UCACCAUAGGCACUGUAUGGCUGCUACAUAAGGAGAGCUGUCCUGUCUGAGGUGGACAUAUAUGUCUACAGAUCAAAUGCGAAUCUAAAGAGAACUGCCAGGGUAUAUUGGUCCAUUGGUACGUCAAGGGAGAGAGAGUGAGAUUGACAGAGACAGUGAUUUGGGAUUUUGAGCGGCCAGUGUGAUUUGGGAGCAGGCGUCACAAGUGAGAGAGGAAGAGAAGAGGAAGAAGGGGUCAGAUUUCUUAAAAUACAAACAGCUGUAAGGAACCACACCAGUCUGUUACAUACAAAUUAAGCUUUUUUUCAGUUAACCUCUAAAAGGCGUCCCCACUGUAACAGAAGUGAAAGAAACUACAGAAGAGAUGGUGGGGUACCUGAAGAUUUUGGGAUACGUUUUACUUCUCUCUUGUGUCUCAUCGACUGAAUCCCGCGUUCUGAAAUUUGUUGUCGCCGUAUUUCGUCAUGGCGAUCGAUCCCCCAUUGAGUCGUUUCCCAUGGACCCUCAUGGAGAGGAAGUGUGGGAACAAGGCUUCGGGCAGCUAACUGAGUUGGGGAUGAGACAGCAGUUUGACUUGGGCAGGUUUCUAAAGAGACGCUAUGGACACUUCCUCAGUGAAGACUACAACAGCAAAGAGGUGUACGUGCGGAGCACAGACUAUGACCGCACUCUAAUGAGUGCCCAGGCUAACCUGGCUGGGCUGUUCCCCCCAAACAGACGCCCCCCUCCCCUCAUGCCCCAGUUACCAUGGCGGCCCAUUCCAGUGCACACUGUCACCAGAGCCCAGGAUAAGCUGUUGAAGUCCCCAAGCAAACACUGCCCCAGGUUUAGAGAGCUGAUGGGGGAGAUGUUUGGCAGCGAACACUACCGGAGAGUUCUCAAGUCACACCAGCGAUUUAUACAGGAGCUCUCCAACCACACUGGGUACCCUGUGUCUAGGCUGCUGGGCAGAAAUUCUAUCUGGAGGGUCUACGACACUCUCUCCUGUCAGAGGAAUCACAACCUGACCACCCCUGGCUGGGCCACACAGGAAGUACUCAACACUCUACAGGAAAUAUCCUCCUUUGAGGUCAUGUUCAGCGUCGUCACUCACAAGAGAAAGGAAAAGGCCAGGCUCUCAGGAGGGGUUCUGUUGAAUGCCAUCCUGAGGAAUUUCUCCAAGGCAAUGGAGCAAGGGAGCACACUCAAGUUCAUCAUGUAUUCAGCACAUGACUCCACCCUCAUCACUCUCCAGGCUGCCCUAGAUGUGUACAACAGUCUUCUUCCUCCUUAUGCUGCUUGUCAGCUCUUUGAGUUCUACCAAGAGGAUGAUGGGUCCUAUUCUCUUGACUUGUAUUACCGUAAUGACUCAUCUCGUGACCCCUACCCGACCCCUGUGCCUGGCUGUGAGACAACUCCGUGCCCUCUGACCUCAUUUACUGACCUGGUUAAAGAUGUCAUCUCAACGGACUGGGACGCCGAGUGUGGGCUCAAAACAUCAUGGCCCGACACAGGUGUCAUUGCGGUGCUUGCAGUGACAGUAGCUAUCCUGACGGUGGCGCUGUUGGCCAGCAUAGCAGUGUUUAUUCACCAAAGGAGAAACCUGUACUCCAGGGAGGGGUAGUAGGGCUCUCCAGACUUGACUAAGUCUUCCUAAAACAUCAUGGAGGCAUUGGGAGAGGACAGGGCAAUACAUCAAUACUUAUAGACCUACUAUCUUUGAGAUUAAAAUGUAAAUAAUCCAUACAAUGACCUUGUGAUUUUUGUUCUCUUGUGAUCUAUUGUACUGUUUUGAAUUGUAUUGUAUUGAGUUCUAUUCUAUUUUGUUCUAUUUAGCAGAAUGUCAAGUCAUCUCAGGUCUUUGUUGAGUGAUUUGGAGACAGUGAGGGCUUUUAUAAUAUUUUGAAAAUGAUUGAAUUACUAGUUACAGUGCUUUCAGAAAGUAUUCACACCCCUUGACUUUUUCCACAU